GGGGCUGAGCCCUCACUCUCCCCUGUCCCCACAUGCAGCCCCUGCUCCUGCCCCAUCUGCUCAGGGACAGAACUAUGUCCCCAGCCCCAGAUGGGGCCCCCACCUAGGCGGGGCGGAUGGCAUGUGGCGGGAAGGGGAAUCCAGUGCAGCCCAGAGCCACCACCCCUUCCCCGGCCAUUCCCAGGGAAUGGGGCCCCAGCAGGGCAAAGCCAUUGCUCACUGCUGCUGCCCAUUCCCAGCCCUGGCUCGUGGAUGGGGGGAGGAGGGAGCAGGAGCUGAGCCAUGCAAGAUGUUCCAAGCCUGGGUAUGUCAGGGCAGCCUGGGAGCCCCCUUCAGCUCAGCCUCCUGCUCACGGGUGUGACUCUCCCUAGUGCCUUUUUCUUUGCAGGGGCCACGCAGCCCCUGACAAGCUGUACACAGGGAUCCCCACACCUGCCAGGGAAAUGCAGCUACCUCCGGGGUGGCGCGCAGCUGGUGUUUAACCGCUGUGCAGCCGGUGAGGAGGGGAAGUGAAAGACACUGUGCCCAGUUGAAGUUGUAGGGUGGGACGGAUUUGAAGUUGGUGGAAUUUAGCCCAAUAAGGAAAUUCAAGGGAAGGACAGGCAGGUUUCAUAACCAAGCAGAGACCUCUCCGAGAUGGCUCCACCUUCGGAAGAUCCCCCGUGCAGGGCCCCGCCAGCAGGGCAAGCCUGGCCUGUGCUCCGCGGGCUGAUUCCACGAGUGGUGACUCAGGGCCGUGCCCCCGGUCCCAGGGCAGCGGCUGUGCCAAGGCCGCUGGGCAGCGCAGAGGAGCCCCAGUGCAAAGGGGCAGCAAGUGCCUUAGAUUUUUUACAGACUUCCACCGUGGUGCCAUUGGUCCCUGCGCUGUUCUCGCCCCCGGAGCUGGGCGGGCGUGACUUGCCCUGGGCGCUGGACUGGAGACAGCCCAGCACUGCGAAGGAGGCCCAGAGCGACACUGCAGAUGCAGCGGCUGGGCGCUGUGCCCUGUUCCAGGAACGCUGCCCCCUCCCCCCACGUCGGUACCCAUCUCUCAGGCCCCUGGUUUUCCCAGGCCUGGGGACCUCGCUUGGCUGCAACCCGGGGAAGUGCCUUUCACCCCAGCGACCUCCAGAGCUCUGUGCGAAGGCAGAGGGAGCCAGAGGGUGGAUCAGCCUGGCCCGUGGCCCCCCACCCGAAAGCCAACAGCUCGGGGAACUUGACCGGCUCCAGCACAUCCUGGGAACCCCCAUCUCUGGCUCCUCUCCUGACCCCUCCUCCAGCCAGGAUGCCCCGGGGAUGGACUGGCUGCGAGGGCUGGAACGGGGCUGGGAAAUUCAUCUUUGGAGAUUGCUCCGAGCCCAGCUCCAGGCGCUCGGCCCCCUGGGAAAGGCCAGCGGCUGCAGGCUCCCCCCGGCCCUGGACACCGGAGAAGCAGUGGCAGGACCCGAGGGCAGAUGGCGCGGUGGAGCCGAGGGAGGGAGUCGAGCCCAGAGUUUGCUGAGGAGCCUGCUCCGUGGCUCCCGUGCACAGGGCCUGGUGCUGGGACCGCCGGAGGCUGCCCUGGGCUGGAGGGAGCGGGCGAGGAGCCCAGGAGGGACUGGAGAGCCGCAGCCUCUGCUCAUGGAGACGCCAGCAGCCCCAUGCUGCUCUGGGAGAGGACAUGGACUGGGCAGAUGGGUCCCCGUGUGCAGCGGACGGGCCCAGGGCUGCCUGGUGCCCGCCUGCCUCGUGCUCAGGCUGUGCCGUGUUGCUCGCGAAUAGCCAAGCCCCAGCGCACCAGAGAGCUGCGUGCCUCCACCUACCACUGUCUCACUGCCCCGGCUUGCCCCGGGCACGCCCUGCACGCUGCCCUGUGCCCCCAUCCCUGCCUUGGGGAGAUCCCACCCCUCAGCACAGGACGUACCACAGGCAUCAGCCUGGCACUGUCCUCCCCGGUACCUGCGGAUCUUUCCCACCCUCCCUGCCGUCUGCAGCCAGACUGCUCUGCGCACGGCCCUGGGGCCUGCUCUGCACGGCUGGGGCGGGAGCUGGCCCUGCUGCGUGGCAGGGAGGGGCUCUGUCCCUGGCGGGUUUCCCAGGCCCCUGCCUGUCUGACUCGUGGGCCCAGCUGCACCCAGAUCUCUGUUGUUUGCUGUGGAUUCACCUUUCUAAAUAAAGGGUUGCUGGUA